ACCCAGGGGCUGCCGUUCGGGAGCUGCCUGCUCAUCAGUGACGGCCCCCUCAACAACAGCACGGGGACACCUUUCUUCUACGUGACAGCCAAGGACCCGGUGGUGGCUGGCCUGCUGAAGAACCCCAUGGCUUCGCUGAUGCUGCCCGAGUCGGAAGGGGAGUUUUGCAGAAAAAAUACUGUCGAUCCAGAGGACCCUCGCUGUGCCCGGUUAACACUUACUGGCCAAAUGAUUACAGUGACGCCAGAAGAAGUCGAAUUUGCCAAGCAAGUCAUGUUUUCAAGGCACCCCGGGAUGAGGAAGUGGCCGCGACAGUAUGAAUGGUUCUUUAUGAAGAUGAGGAUAGAACAUGUCUGGCUGCAGAAGUGGUACGGCGCUGUAGCCCACAUUCCAAGGGAGGAAUAUUUCAAAGCAGUUCCCAGGGAGGCCUGAGUGAAUAAGAAGAAAGUGCUCAGUGUUUGUCGUAAAAUGAAAAUCUUUCAGUGAUGCUGGGGGCAGCUCCCGGCUGCAGUCUCUCGGUUGAAGGGCUCCUAGCCGCCCUGUCGUCCCUACGGCAGAAUGAGCGGGCGAGGAUGAACAGGAACCUCACGCUAGACUCAGAUCCGAGGGGUCGUCUGCAGAGCCCCGUCCCACGGAGACUCCACGCAGCCGUUCUGCUUACGUAGCAUUCCCAUCCCAACUCACUAUCGGGAAGUCACUGUUGGCUGUCCAAGGGGCACAUGGAAACCAGUGAUGUUCCUUCCUUUAAGAAAAAAUGUUAUGCCUGUCAUAAAUGUGAUUGCUUUGUAUUGUGAGAGCAUCUUUGUUGCUGGCUGUGCCAAAAGCAGGAUCUUGGAUCUAAGCUCACUGCGACCACAGAGGAGCUGAAUGCGCAUCACACAGCCGCGGUACCAUGGUUAGGGCGAGGCCAGAGGACUACUGUGGAUGACGUGUUGUGUUUCUGCAUGGCAAAUGCUUUACUGAAUCAUGUUCACUAGAAUGCGUUGUCACUUCAGAGUUUUUUCCCCACCGUAAUGCGACGAACAGUCUGAGAACCCGCAGGGUUUCAUGCACAGCCCUGUUCUGUGUACACAGGCCGUGGGAGAACGCUAAAGAGAAUGUGGUAGAUUUUGCAUCAGGCUUCUGAGAUCCCUGCGGCUCACAGGUCUGAGAGCGCCUCUCCUGAAACUGUGAGGAGCGGCAUCCAAAGUAAGAACCCUUCCCUGCCUGGCGCACAGAGACGUGAGAUGGUGAAACGGAGGAGGCAAAGGCGAUGUGGACGAGAAGGAGAAAAGCAGCCAGUGCUGAGGUUCUACAUCUCAGCCCUCCAACCGUAAAGUGCUUGUCACCCUCACCACUUCAGACUAGGAGCCCAGGGCUCCGAGAAGGCGAGUCAGCACCCCACGGCCAGCCCCGUGGUCACUUCUGCAGCUCCCUGCACCAGUGGUCGGGGCAGCACCUUCACAACUCCGGGGUUUGAGGACAGAAGGGUAGCUGCAGUGCAUAGAGAGUCAUGACUAACCUGCCCGGACACAGUUCAUCGCUGCUUUGCAGGGGGAGGUUCUCUAAAAUGUGAUUCUUACUGCAGAAUUUAAAUUUUCAGCACAUUAUAUUCUGGAGUUCCAGGUGUUUGCAAGAAACUAGACUGUACCCGUGUACACACCCAAGGCCUGCAUGUACCUACAUGUGCACAUAAGGGGCUUCCUGUAAUAAACCCACAAAGGGUCUAGUGGUGUCCAACUUUUCUGUCUUCACAGCAAUAAACUCUCUUUGGUGGGUCAGGCACGUAAA